GCUUUAAGAAAAUGACAAAAUGAUCUGAGUUAGAAAAUCAUAAAACAGCAACUUACAGAUUCUCAGGUGAAAUUAAACUAGAGAACGUAAAUAUUCUGAUUCUCAGAGUUAUGAGUAGAAGAGACGAUGUUUGGAAGUGACGCAUUUAAUCAGCCAGAAGAAAAAUAUCGUGUUGCUCAGUAGAAAUUUAUUAAAUUCAGAAGAAAGCAAAAUCAGUUAUAAAAGUGAUCACAGUCAUAACAUCUGAUAGAGUCUAAAUAUAGAUUUUAUUUUACUAUUUCAUUCUCCUCCAGAGCAACAUGUCUUCAUUUACACUCAGUAUUAAUACCUUGAACUUUUAAUUAUGAGAUAUUGUUUCUGCUAAUCUGAAGUUUGUAUGUUUUGUUUCCCACACAGACAAGAACGAUAAACUGACCAAGAAAAUGAAAGAACAAGAAGAGAAAGAGAAUCAGUUAAAGUCCAGACUUGGUGAACUGGAAGAAGAACUGGAAAAGGAAAAAGAUGAGAACCAGAAGCUGCAGAACAAAGUCAAAGUCAACAAGCCGUUACAUGACACACUGAUUAAAGUCAAAACUGAACUGGAGAACCAGAAGGAUCAGCUGAACCAGAAACUCCAAGACGUUGAGAUUAAGAGGAAGGAAAACAAAGAGGAAGUUCAGAUGGUGGAGAAAAAAAUAACUGAGAAAGAAAACUAUGAUAACAAGGAUCUGCUAUUAGGGGAAAAAGAAAAGCUGUUACAGUCCCAGUGGAAACUGGAUAAGAAGAAGAAACAUUAUGAAAGACAGUUACUGAACAUAGAGAAGGUGAUGGAACCUAUAGAGAUACACAUGAUGAGAACAAAGAAAAAAAUGAGGAUAUUUAGAAAAUAACAGAAGAAAAUGUGUCUAAAACAGAACAAAGGACUAAAAAACAAAUGUGAAAUGAUUGAUCAGCAAGAUUCACUGAAACUAAACUAG